UCAUCUGACUUGACACGCCUCCCCUGUGUGCACCCAUGCAUUGGACUGAAGCAGCAGAAGAAGCUCUUCCUUAAUGCAGGCUUGAGUUGCGGAGGAGAACCAGAAGAAGGAGGAGUAGUCGGAGGUGAGGUGGUACCGGUGACUUCACACCGACCCUGACCUCCAGGCCCGAGAGAGGAUUUAUUUAUACAAGAGGAAUUAGACAACAUGUCGAACCGAAAGCACCGGGACAACCAGGAGAUCUGCUCCCGUAAGGUCCGCGAGCUGGCCCAGUCUGGAGUAAACAAACACUGCUUCGAGUGCAACCAGCCUGGGGUGACUUACACCGACAUCACCGUAGGCAGCUUCGUGUGCACGUCGUGCUCCGGAAUGCUGAGAGGCCUGAACCCUCCGCAUAGAGUCAAGUCCAUCUCCAUGACAACCUUCUCGCAACAGGAAGUGGAAUUCCUCCAGAACCAUGGCAACGAGAUCGGGAGGAGGACCUGGCUGUGUGUCUUUGACCUUAAGGCAGACGGCUGCUCCGACAUGAAGGACUCUCAGAAGUUCAAAGAGUUCCUUCAGGACAAAUAUGAGAAGAAGAAAUGGCAUUUUUCCAAAAGCAAAAACCGACGGGACAUGGAGGGUCCCUGGAGUCCUGGGGUUCAGUCCAUGGCCCCUUCCCUCGGACCCUUAGCGAACCAGGUCCUUCCUCACAACAUGACCUCCAACUCCAGGCCUAACAGGCCACUGUCUCAGGCCCAGUUACCACAAUGGGACAGAGCGCCGACCAUCUCUCCUGCUGACAUGCGUACAGACGUGUUCACGGCGCGGCCGUCGCGCUCCCAAAGCUUUAGAGAUGCCCCUCUAAAAGACGCCACACUGUGUGGGAUAGAACGACAGCGACCAGGCUCCCUGUCGUCUGCACUGGGGACUCAGAGCCACAACCCGUCCUUCCCUGCCCUCCCACGUCCAUCAGGUCGUACAAUAUCAGCCUCAGGGGCCACGGGGCCCUUUAGGGCCUUCCCGAAGUCUCUCAGCGUGGACUUUGGAGGUCUGAGUCAUCCUCAGUCCCAGCCUCUGCCCCAGUCUUUGUCACAGCACUCCCAGUCCCAAUCACAGCCCAUUAGUGUCAACCAGACGACAGCAGCGGUCAGCUUCCAGGACAGGUACGCUGCCGUGUCACAGCUGGACAGUGUCUUCUCUGACACAGCACCACCUAGUGGCCCCCCGCAGUACAACGCCAUCUUCGGCAGCAGGCACUCGUCCACGUCGACGACGGCCAGUUCCCCCAGUGCGGAUACAGUCUCCAGCUCCCAAUCAUUUGCAAAUUUCCCAAACCCAUUCACGUCCAGUUCCAGCUCUGUUUCCCAGCAGCCCACUGCCCUCUCCCCCAGUAAUCCCUUCAGCAACGCCUCAGGAGGUGACUCCAGUGCUUUCGUGGCCUCACCCACUUCUGUUUUCCCUCCGUCCACUGCCUUCGCCGCACCGGCCUCACAGAGUGCAUCUCCUCACGAGUCAGGCUUCAACCAGGAAGCAAACGGUUUUGCCUCCUUUCCUGCUUCUGACUCUCAGCCCAAAGUUUCACAGCCGAUGUCGGUGAAUCCGUUUACUGGAAAUGUUUACCCGAGUCGAGGGACGUCGCGGAAUCCUUUCAUCUGACUCCCUCCUCCUCUCUCUCCCGACUCCUCUUCUCUGUGGAAGUGGAGGGAAGUGAACUUGAGGAGCCGCUGCCAUUUCAAUGCCUCUGGAGUAUUUUCAUCCUCAAAGGGAGGGUGUGAGGCUCCUCGUGGGAUGUCCUCCCCCCACUCCUCCCUACCUCCUCCUUUAAACCCCUCUGUGUCUGUGUUUACGUGUUUGUAGAGGAGAAACAAAACAAAAAAUGUGUGAAUGUAGUUUACAGGAAUUUGCUGCGUGUGUGCGUAUGUAUGUGUGUGUGUGUGUGUGCAUGUCUGUUUGUGUGUGUGUGUGUGAGAGAGUGUUGGCUUACUGUGUUUGUACCAUGAAGAGACAGACGUGUGUGUAAAGACGCCAUCUCAGGGCUCAGUGAGAGUCAAUGCCUCUGCGGUUCUGGCAGAAAACACACACACACACACAUAUAUACAUAUAUAUCCAUACAAAUAUAACACACAUACUGCUGCUGCUACUCUGCUUCAUCUCCUGCUAAAAAGUGCAAAAAAUCCCUCCAGCCCGUCCUGUGAAAUGACGAGAACAGCCUUUUAUUUUUGUCGUAAAUGUUUGUGAAAAUGUCUCCGUUCAUCUCAGUUCUCUUCCAUUUUUGUCCAUAAUUCUUGUUUCUCAGGCUGCAUGCGCUCAUAGGGCUAAAAGGAGAUGCCGCUGAAUGUAAAAAAGCAAUUUCAGAAAGAAAAAAAGAACAUAUUGUAAAUGUGCACGAUAGAUCAAAUUCCAUGAGUCGCUUCAUGUAUCGGACCAAAAUUUAAAAACUUUAUUUUGCUCUUUUUUUUCCAGGUCACAUUGAAGUUCAUUUCAUUUUGCAUAUAGAAAUGUAAAAAAAAAAAAAAAAAAAAAAAAA